AUGGCCUACCCUCAAGGCAAUGGGCAAGCAAAAGUCGCCAAUAGGGAGAUCCUUAGAGUCUUGCACGCUCGACUCGACCACAUGGGAGGCAGCUGGGUUGACAAGCUCCCCAGUGUGCUAUGGGCUCUCAGCACGACUCCGAAAGAGGUGACCAGCGUAACCCCAUUUCAGUUGGUAUACGGAGGCGAAGCAGUUGCCCCCGUGGAGGUCGGGGUAAAAUCCGAUCGGGUGCAGCACUACGAUGAAGGGAACGCCGAACGGAGGCUGAUGGAGCUCAACAUGGUGGACGAAGCAAGGGCAAAAGCCACCAUUCAGAUAACGGCCUACCGACAGCGCAUGAAGCAAAAUUAUAAUCAGCGAGUGAUCCCGAGGUCCUUCCAGAGCAAAGUUCAAAUAAAAAAGCAAAGGCCUCUAAGUGCAUCUCCCCUAACGGUCGAGCUGCGACCUUAA